AUGGGUAAAAGGAUGAUUGAUGGGCUCAAGAAUGUCACAGCGCACACUUUGAUAAUCUCUGGAGCGAAGGAUUGUCAAUGUACGAUAGGAAACGCGGAACAAACGAGGAGUCGUGGUGUAGAUCUCGCAACCAUCGUCAUUCUAAACCAGUGUGGGCAUUUUCCUUGGCUGGAGAAGCCGGACGAAACAUUUAUGGUUAUAACGGAAUUUUUCGGCGAUGGCCACUAA